AUGUAUGAUAAAAUGGAAAAGUUAUAUGCAUUGUAUGAAAAAUUUAAAAAGUUCAAAGAUGAUAAUCCAUUGUGGAAUGCGACAUCCUGUUCACCAGUUCAUUCUUUUCUUUAUCCAUAUAAUGAUUUUAUAAGGAAUAAUCAACCUACUAAUACACAUUAUAAAAAUAUUUUAGAUGAAUUUAGAAAAGAAAUUAAAAAAAUCACGGAUCCAUAUAAUACAUAUGUAUGUAAUAAUGAAUAUAUUCAUGUAGAAAAUAUAGAAAAUAUAAAAUCACCUAUUUUGCCUGAGAAUGAAGAACCUAAUGCAUCAGUACACGUACAACAGCCGCACAGUCAUGCGGAACAUAAAAAUUAUCAAGAAAUCGGUCGACCAUCUCUCUCGGAGCCUCAAAUACUUCAAGCGAGGCCUCAAACAUCUCCUGAAUUAUCUCAAACAUAUUAUCAACCUCCUGAAACACCUCAUGCACAUCCUCAAUCAUUUCAUGAAGGAAAUCAGCUAUCUCAAGAUACAUUAGAACACAAUGUACAACAUGCAGUACAACAACAAGAACAAGAACUUCAACAUGGAGCUAAACCUAAAACAGAAUUCCAUGUAGAUGUAUCACAAGUAUAUCCAUCACAUUAUGGAUCAUUAGAAUAUCCACGAACAUCAUCAUAUUCAGACCAGCAUCCAUAUUCACGUGUACCACUAUUAGCAAAUGAAGUACCAGGCGCCUCAACAUCAGUGAUGAGUACCAUUACUAGCGCUUUAAAGGGUGUUGAUCCAGUACCUGUUGUUGGUGUAUCUGGAGGGAUGGGUGCAUUAUUCUUACUUUUUAGGUAUACACCAGUUGGAGCCUUCUUUAGAGGAGGAAGAGGACGCGUACGUAGAAUUCCUAGUGGUUUCCAUGGACAAUUCCCAGGAGGAUUUCCAGGAUAUGAUGAUUAUGAAAGUGGGUAUAUUGGAUAUGGUCCAAUGAAUCCUCUCGCGGAAUAG